AUGGUGACCGUUUCUGGUACAAAGGUGAAAAUUGUAAAGAAGAAGAUGUCGAAUUUCGAGAGACAUGAGUCUGAGAGGUAUCACCGACUGAAGCCUAACUGGCGUAAGCCAAAGGGUAUUGAUAACCGCGUUCGUUGGUGCUUCCGAGGAAUGCGCGCUAUGCCACCAUCGGUUUCGGAUCAGACAAGAGAACGAGAUUCUUACUUCCAUGUGGCUACAAAAAGGUUCUCGUCAGGAAUAUUGAGGUGA